GAAAACAGGUACUCGCGGAGAACGGAGCUCCUCUGUCCUCAAAACAGAGCAUCGCUCUCUCUUUCUCUCCAUAGAGAUCAUCAUGAUCGGGUACAUCGAAGACGUGGAGAACGAGUGCUACUUCACGCAGAGGAGGGAUCAUCCUCCUCCUCCUCCUCCUCCCCACCUCCCCGAUACGGCGGCGCCGUCGCCCAAGGAGUCUGCUCAGCAGUCGCUCAGUGCCAUCAUCCAGCUGCAUUUCGAAAAGACCCUCGAGAAGAAGUACGCCGUGGACCUCCAAAAGAAGCAACUGUGGCGUUUGUUCCUCCUCUUCUUCAUCUUCCUCGCCCUCUUCCUCUCCGGCCUCUCUCAGUCCUCCCGCCUCCGCUGCCGCCACUUCUGGGCGCCCAUCGGCCUCCUCUCCCUCGCCCACCUCGUCUUCUACGUCUCCGUCGCCCAAACCCUCCGCUGCAUCAACGGGUUCAAGUACCAGAGGAGAUGCCACAAGCUCACCCUCGGCGUCGCCACCGAGAAACUCCGGAGGCUGCAGAGGGUCGCCGGCCGCGGCGCUGGUGAAGAUGUCCGGUUGGAUGAGGAGGAUGAGGAGGAGAUGGCGGCCGUCCGGUACCAGGAGCCGCCGGAGAGCUACAUGGCUAAGUUCAAGAGAAACUGGGCCCUCUACUUUAGCCUGUUGGUCUUCACCUACUGCUUCAUGGUCUCUGCCACGGUCAGCAUCCUCUGCUUCUAGUUUCCACCAACACACGCCCAGAGUCCGACGAUUUCUCCCUUUCUCUCUCUACAUCCAGUCGGCCCUCGCUCUGCACAGGGAGCUGAGACGCUUUCCUAGGUAUUCCGAUGUACCACCAUUAGUAACUUGCCUGCCGAAGUUCUGUUUUCCGGCUUCUCCCCUUUUGUCUACUGAAUGUAUUUUAUUAUUGAUCUCUGUCCGUCUCUCCGAUAGAUGGGGAUGUUGGUUUCUGCUUUUCUGGGGCUCUGAACUUUUUCAUAGCACGUAAAUCGGCCUAUUGCUUGGUGGCGUCGUUUUCAUUGGUUGA